GAACGGAUGGCGGUGUUAUGUUAAAAAAACACUGCGAAAGUGUUCGUUAGUUGUGCCCAGGUAUGGGCGCAGUCUGUUUGAAGUGUUUUAAAUGUACAUCCGGAUAGCACUGAAUGGAAAAGCAACCCUCAGUGAGGAUUCUAAGACUCCCUGGAUAAAACAAACAAAAAAAAUCUAAAUGUACUCGUCACUUAUUCAUGCAGUCUCAUAAAAAUAAAAGUGUAAUGCACCACCUACACAAGAAGGAUGCCCACAACUUCCUAUGGUGUCUCCUGCCUAUUUCACAGUCUGUGUGUUGGAUCUGCACGGAAGAAUAUAAUGACCCAUGCACGGCAUAGGGAUUCUUUAUGCAGAUAUCAGAGUGAGUCACGGGAGCAGGUGAGCUGUCAGAUGCAUGCUGAAGCCAUGGGCAAAGCCUGGCCCAAGUACCCAGUGCCAGAAAGGAAGACUAAGAGACGUUCAUUCAGAAGAGGAGAUGGGCAAAUAAAGGCACAACAUGCAGACAAGGACCGGAAGCUUUACCCCCUCAGGGGAAGGCUAGGAAUGAGUGAGGUGGGCGCCUUAAACUGCUGUGUGGUACUGACCCGCUUAGAGGACGGUAGUACUUCCAAGAACAACAUGAAGGCUGCAUCUAAGAGUAAAGUUAAACAGAGGCUGAAGGCAAGGAAGGCAAAGAGCAAGCCAUGCAAGUGUCACAAGAAGGUCUGCAAAGCUUGCCAGCCGGCGCCUGGACUAAAAAGCAAGCCAAAACCUGACAAAAAUGCCUUUUGUGUGGAACUUUUCCUGGAGCCACGCAAGCGACGGUUGGCCUCUCUCAAUGCAGAGGCAGUCAACAGCUUGUUGUUGUUUAGAGAUGACCCUCAGCAGGCAUCGAAACUCUCAAAAAAGCAGCAGAAUCCUCCAAAGGGAAAUGUUGAACUUCCAAAAGGGGAAACUGAAAGUUCAAAGAAAGGACUAGAAGGCCGAAAGCGAUUACAUAUAGCAGUGGCAGAACAUACUAAAAAUCUCAAAAAAGCCAAAAGGGCAAAGACAGAUUCUGAACACCUGGACCCACUAAGUUUAAAUAGUCCCACACCAAGACGUCUUGCAGGUUUAAAUGCAGCUGCUCUGCUGAAACUGACUAGCACCUCUUCAGGAGCUAAACGGCGAGUUAAAACAGACUGCAAGCUGGCCAGUGGAGGAGCACGAGCAAAACAUCUCCAGGCAAAGAUAAAAAAGCAUCACAGCCCCCCAUGCCAAUGUAAGCUGCAUGUGCCGCAACAGUGCUGCGAUCUUUGCACAAAGGAGGCCCUCCACACUGAGGCGAUGUGGGAGCACCCCGCAGGGGGCCAUGGCUUCAUCAGGCCUGGGUACCAGUGCCAGUCCAUGGUGGGCUACUCCCUGAAGCCAGUGAAAGAGGAAAAAACUGAGACUGAUGUGAAUUCGUGUUACUGUUGUUCCCAGGAGAGAUCAGUGGAGUAUUGCCACCGAUUAGCCCUGUUCCUUGGGCAGAAGGCCUACCCUGAAUCGGAAGAGCAUUCCCUGUCAUCUGUAAAGGGAUUUCUGUCCUCCCCUCACACACUGCCGCACCCAGCCCUGACUAUAGGCGCCCACCCGUACCCAUGCUACCCCGGCUACUACGUCCACAUUGCCCACCACAGUACGUCCACGCUCCCUGUUAGCACAAGUCCUGGAUCCCAUGCUUCACCCCCUGUAUCCCCCAUUACACUGUGCCCCAGUGGGGUCCAAAGACCCAAACUGCUGCACUCACCAGUGUCCCACCCUUCAGGUAUUCCUCAUCCAGCAUGUUGCAACUCUGUAGGGACGUGUUUUGGGGAAGCCUGCAGGAUCAGUAGUUAUGGCUACAGACCCACACAGCCCAUCGCUGCCGGGGGCUGCUCAUUCAGCACCAGAUGCUCCAGCUGCAGCCACAAAAUCAAGAUGGAGGACUACCCGUACCCGCUGGACAGGCACAGUCCCUCCAUCCCCAUGUCCCCGGCCUUGCCCCUGUCUGUGUGCCCCAUCCCCGGUGUGCCCCCGACUGCGCAGGCCGUGCCUCAUCUGCAGCCCCCGCUUCCUGAUGCCGGGCGGCCGCAGGUGCAGCUGCGCAUGGGACGCGAGUGCCCUCGGCGGGCCAAGGCGCCAGGCAACUCACGCUCCGGCUUGCGGGAUGCUGCUGUCUGCCCCCACAUGAAGGACAGCCAGCUGGGAGCAGGCCAUGGUGGCCCUGCUGCCAAGCAGCCCAAAAUCAGCCGGCGCCGGGCUACCAACGGCUGGCUGCCUGUGGGCACGGCCAGUGAAAAGGAGGUAUUCAUAGUGGGGGAGGAGUCACCAGCUCUUCGCAGGUGUUAUGAAGGUGUGCAGAGAGACGGAGAACUGAUCAGGGUACGAGACACUGUACUGCUGCGCUCUGGCCCCCGGAAGAAGUCCCUCCCCUAUGUGGCUAAAGUCUCUGCAUUCUGGGAAGAUCCUGAGUCAGGGGAAUUGAUGAUGAGCCUGUUUUGGUACUACCGUCCAGAGCACACUCAAGGGGGCCGCAAUCCCAGCAUGCACUGUGAGAAUGAGAUUUUUGCAUCACGGCAUCAGGACGAGAACAGUGUAGCGUGUAUUGAGGAUAAAUGCUACGUCUUGACAUUAGCACAAUAUUGUAGAUUUUGUGCCUUGGUGAAACGUCGUGAGGAGGGCAUGGCCAAAAGUGCCCCUCUGGUCCCUCCUGCUCUUACCUACACAGUUCCGGCUCAUCGCCGUGUGCCCGCCGACAUCGAUCCUGACCUGGUGUUUGUCUGCCGCCAUGUUUACGAUUUCCGUUAUGGCCGUUUGCUAAAGAACCUACAGUAGCACGGUUGAGAAUUAGGCCUGACAUCGUGGAGCCAUACACUACAACCAUAGUCCAAGGUGAAGACACAAUCAGCACCCAUAGCAAGGUUAUUCCUGAGAGGCCACAAGACGGUCAGAAGGUAGGCUGUUCUCUCCAGGAAGGACCCUUGUGCAAGCUGAAAGAGAUUUAAGAUUAGCCCUUUGUGGCAGUAUGGUAUUUUGAGCACAACUACUUUUGUGUUUGAUGAAACUGUUGGCCAAGGUGUGAUCUGUCACACAUAUAUUUAUUUGGUCUGUUAAUAGUUAUCUUUUAUACUUGCUGGAUGUGCGUGUGGGGGAAAAAAAAUCCAAAUUUUAGGUACGUAUGGGUACCGUGAGUUCUAAUUAUUCUUUUUUUGACCACUAUUUAUUUAUAGAUAUAAGGUGUAGGUUAUUUAUUUUAGAGCAAUUAAAAAUUAGUUCCCUUAUUAAGUAGCCAAGAUUACCUCCUCUUUCCUGAAUCAAUUACGUACUAUUACCCACUGGCCAGACACCUACAUCUGUCAUAGUGGCUGUCGAGGGCAGCAUACAUAUUCUGGUGGACCAAAUAUCCCAGAGUUGCUCACGUAGCAGUUGGUUAAAUUCUUUAUUGAUUGACCAAUGAGAAUGAGAUUUGUAUGGUGAACUCUCAUGUUGCUCUAACUCAAAAGAACUUGCCUUACACCCUACAAAGAGUGUUCUGUCUCCCUGCCUCACAUCUGCCUUCCCAGCAAACCAAAGCUUUUCCAUGCAACACCAUAUGUGAACCCUCUCCCUUUGGCCGUCAUUAGAUUGCACUAAUUUGCCAUUCAGAGAAUCAGCAGUUUGAUUCUGUCUGAAUUUAUCACAUGCUACUGACUUUAAAUGGUGGAAAAAAAUACUGUGUAUUUGUUGUAUGUGUAAAUACAGAACAGAGAGAAUUAAUGUCUCUUAUUCUACCAACCGAGGGAGGUGCUCUGUUGCAUUAAUUUCUAACCGUGUGAACGGAAAGAUAUCUUGCACACAUCCCUGCUUUGAGCACAUGCAGUUGGCUUCCCUAUGUUACCUUUAGGUCUGAUUUUCAUGCUUGUGAUUGGUGCAGAAAAAAUAGAUUCAUAUGGUCGUUUUGUGCCUUUAAUAGUUGAUAGUCUGCUAUAAGUAGAAUCAACAGCAUCAGAGUUGAUCUUUUCUCUGCCCCGUGGGUCUUUGCUUUCUUUGCCUAGCUUGUUUUUUUACCACACAGCAGUUUGUGCCAAAAGCCAUUCCUUAUGACACUCAUUGCACUAUAAUGACCCUUACACUCCCCUCCUAAGAUAGAAAAGUAAGAAAUAAAAUAGGGCCUUGAGUUGAAAUUAGGAAAGAUAGAAAGACAAGAAAUGUAUAAGCUGUAACACUGUUGUGCUGGCUUUAACCUCACUUUCUCGGCAACACUAUCUCCUGGGUGCAUAGCGUCAUUGAACUGAGCCCCUGCAUUUUGGUUAUGAGGGGAGCAUGCUGCAAGAUUUCAGAUGCAAGACCUUUUUCUAGUGAAUCGAAUAACCAUAGGAGUUUGACAAAGCAGGAUUUCCUUCGGUCAGUCUAAGCCUUUUUCAAACCCAUUCCACAGUGAAAUGGUACCAUAUCCAGACAUCCCUGCAAAACUCAAGGCAGUUAGAACUGAGACCAGCAGGGUAUACCAAAAGGCAUGCCUUUUUUCUUUCCUCCAGGACACUUUGACAUGGUGCAAAAAUACAUUCUUGUGAAGGUUUUAUUCAAUAACUACCAACCUGUCACACCAUGAAACACACACCAUGACUGUGUCAUGAACAAUUCAUUCCACUUACUAUUCAAAAAGUUGAGUGUCAGUGAAUGUACUUGUACUGUUGUGAUAGAGCUAGAAGUGUGAUUUCUGUACUAGUUUAGUAAACAGCAGAUUCCCUUCAGCGUGUAAGAUAUCCACUUUUGGUGGUAUUCAGUGGCCCAAGAAAAUUGCUUUUCUUUUCCUACCAGUUUUUCAUUUACAAUUUUGUUUAUGAAACAUUCUUUUGGAAACAGGGCAGUUUUCCUGGAUAAUAAGAAGCACUCUUUCUCAGAGCAAGCUGUGUAACUGAGUAUUUGUAAUUGACAAAUUGCUGUUAGGUAUGUGUUUAUGUCGCCGUUAGAGAUGAAGGGAUCAUUAAAUGAGGUCUUUAGUGAAAAAGCUGUCUCUGUAUUUUGCAACCACAGCCCAUAUUCGACUUUAAAGAUUUAGGUGUAAUACCAAAAUGUUAACCGCACAUAUAAUUUUUUUUUAACAUUCCACCAUCUCAUUAGAAGUUUACUGAGUUUAUACAGUAGUAGUUUUUUAAUAUAUAAAUCAAGGCUCAUUGGGAAAUAUGCAGAAACAGUCUUUUUCACAGGGGAUCAUGACUCAUUAAACAUUUAAAACUCUUGUGUAAUAUAUCUUUAAACUUGGUAUUUUUUUAACUGCCUUCAGCGUUGUGAAUUGUCAUUGCUUUAGUAGAAACUCCUGGAUGAGAAGUGUACAGUUUUGCUCCAAAAUGAACUGAGGUAGGAGGAGGUGGGUGGUUCAUUCCAAGGUGUGCAAAACUCACUAUGAAUUCCAAGCGCUUUGCUCCUCCGAUUAUGUGAGUGUGUGUGUGUGUGUGUGUGUGUGUGUGUGUGUGUGGGUGUAUGUCUGUAUUCAGAUAUAUAUAUUUCAAAGCAGCAUGGAAAUACUGGGCAUUCUUGGAAAUUACUGUCCUAGCACAGCGCAUUUGUAUUAUUUAAGAUAGAAAUGUAUAUUACAAGAGGAAAAUAUUUA